AUGGUCACUGUGGUCCUUUUCAACCCAAUGACUCUAUGAAAGCACUGAGGGGAGCAGCAGGCAGUGAACACUGAAACCCAGGAGCAAAGCUGUGCCAGCACAGGCUUCUUCCUCAUAGAAAAGCAGACCUUGUCCUCCCCACUUCCUGACCUCACACACAGAACAGAGAAUUCCAAUAGAAAUCUGAGCAGUACAUUCAAUUUUUUUGUCUGUUCAGUUUAAGGGGAGGAAGGAAUGAGUCCUUACAGGUGUGAGCCCCCACAGGUGCCCUUAAUGAUCUCUUAAUGAGAACCCUGGGACAGCCCAGAGGCACAAGCAGAACCUUCUAGAACUUUGCAAGCUCACUUGGACUCUUGAUAUAAAGCCCCUCUGCCACAUGGCUCUACUUGCUGGCAGUGCUUUUCUCUCCUAGAAAUCCUUCUUGUGAAGAUGCGUAUCUGCGGCGUAGCUCUGUCCAGAGCGCACUUUGAAAAGCAGCCACCCUCCAACUUGAGGAAAUCCAAUUUCUUUCACUUCGUUCUGGCUCUCUACGACAGACAAGGGCAGCCCGUGGAAAUAGAGAGGACAGCUUUUGUGGACUUUGUAGAAAACGAUAAAGAGCAAGGCAAUGAAAAGACCAACAACGGCACGCAUUACAAACUGCAGCUCCUGUACAGCAACGGUGUCAGGACUGAACAGGAUCUGUAUGUCAGACUCAUUGAUUCUGUCACCAAGCAGCCCAUAACUUAUGAAGGACAGAACAAGAAUCCCGAGAUGUGCAGAGUGCUGCUCACUCAUGAAGUCAUGUGCAGUCGGUGCUGCGAGAAGAAAAGUUGUGGCAACAGAAACGAGACUCCAUCAGACCCCGUGAUCAUCGACAGAUUCUUCUUAAAGUUUUUUCUCAAGUGCAAUCAGAAUUGUUUGAAAACAGCAGGAAACCCCCGAGAUAUGAGGCGGUUCCAGGUUGUGCUAUCCACAACAGUGAAUGUUGAUGGGCACGUGCUGGCAGUGUCUGACAACAUGUUUGUUCACAACAACUCCAAGCACGGACGGAGAGCAAGGAGACUCGACCCCUCUGAAGCCACACCGUGCAUCAAAGCAAUCAGCCCAAGCGAAGGAUGGACAACGGGAGGAGCAAUGGUGAUCAUUAUUGGAGACAACUUCUUUGAUGGGCUUCAAGUGGUGUUUGGAACCAUGCUUGUAUGGAGUGAGCUUAUAACACCUCAUGCCAUUCGAGUUCAGACACCUCCACGUCACAUUCCCGGAGUGGUUGAAGUGACAUUAUCAUACAAAUCCAAACAGUUUUGCAAAGGCGCCCCAGGCAGGUUUAUUUACACAGCUUUAAAUGAACCUACCAUAGAUUACGGUUUCCAAAGACUGCAAAAGGUGAUCCCAAGACAUCCUGGGGACCCUGAAAGAUUAGCUAAGGAAAUGCUGUUGAAACGAGCUGCUGACUUAGUCGAAGCACUGUACGGAACGCCGCAUAAUAACCAGGACAUCAUUCUGAAACGAGCUGCAGACAUUGCAGAAGCUCUUUACAGCGUACCACGGAAUCCAGCACAGAUCCCUGCGCUGUCCAGCUCCCCGGCACACAGCAGUAUGAUGGGUAUUAACUCCUACGGCAGCCAGCUGGGGGUCAGCAUCUCAGAGUCAACACAGGGAAACAACCAAGGUUACAUUCGUAAUACAAGCAGCAUCUCACCCCGCGGUUACUCAUCCAGUUCCACACCUCAACAGUCCAAUUAUAGCACUUCCAGCAAUAGCAUGAAUGGCUACAGCAACGUCCCCAUGUCAAACCUGGGUGUUCCAGGCUCCCCUGGUUUCAUUAACGGCUCUCCAACAGGAUCCCCAUAUGGAAUAAUGUCUUCAAGUCCAACAGUUGGCUCCUCCAGCACUUCUUCCAUCCUUCCAUUCUCCUCUUCCGUCUUUCCUGCUGUCAAACAGAAGAGUGCCUUUGCUCCCGUCAUCAGACCCCAAGGGUCUCCUUCUCCCGCCUGCUCCAGUGGCAAUGGAAAUGGGUUUAGAGCCAUGACUGGUCUUGUCGUUCCCCCGAUGUAAGGAAGAGGCAGCUUUGCUCCUCUCCCUCUUCCCUUUUUUCCUCUUUUUUUCCAUUUUUUCUUUUACAGCACAAAACUACUUAUUGUGAUGGACCACUAAAAAGAAAAAAUAAAUAAAUAGCACUACAAGCUCUUUUUUGGGGGAAAGCCAGGCCCAGGAAGUAAAAGGAACAUUUUUUAUGGAUUGGACAAGAUAGAAGGCUGCAUCUUUUACCUGUUUGAUAUUUCUGACACAACCACGUCAACUCCUAGAACACAAAGGAAGAAUCAGCCAAGAGCCAGAGGAUAAACAACGGUUGGCAAAAUGGGAUCAGAAAUGCAAAGUCUUUCUUGAAAGACACAAAACCUUCCUAAGAUUUGUAAAAUAUUAAAAGGAAAAAGAAAUUGGCAAAAACGAUUCAAGCUCGAUAUUUUGGAUACAAUUUGUUUUACUUUGUAGGGGAAAAAAGUUGAAGUUUCUAUUUUAUAUGGAGCCUUUCAGAUAUUGAUUUAGUUUAUGCAGAAAAAAUAAAAAUCAACAAAACAGGGUACCAGCAUGAAAGAAUUUCUAGGACAAACUGACACGAGUGAUGGAACUUUGGUGUAUGUGUGUAUUUGCUUAUAGUUUAACCUCUUUAAAAAUGUAAGAUGUUUUACAAUUAUUUAAAUAAAUAAACUUGUAACUUAUUGUAUGUAGAGGUAGAAAUUAAACCCUUUUUCGGAUUUUUCCCUCCAGUUGUACAAUGAAGAAAAAUGAUGCAAAAAUGUAGUGACAAGUUUAAGGUAUAAUUAUUACUGCUGCGGUCGCUCCUCACUUCUUCCCUCUUAGUGAAUUCAUGUGCAAGGAUAUCAUAAGGAUUCUUCCUGAUCAAUUAACAAAAUCAUCAGAAACUGUUCUACACGUGAUGAUAUACAGAACACUGUUUCAUGUAUAAAUUUUCACCCUCCUCGCCUUCCCCCCGCUCCUGUUUUUUGUUUCAAUCAAGAUAUUCAGGUACUAAGAUGAACUGGUAAGUUUCAAAGACCCUACUGGGAAAUGAGUGGCAUGUAGGGGUUUGAACCAUUUGGAGUGUUCCUGAAGUACUGAGUUUAUUUUAUACACUCAAUAUAUGAACUGGGGAGAGAAAGAGUUCUCAAAUGUUGUUUUUCUGUGCAGUUGGAACACCUUAUGUUCAGUUAUAUUUCAUAUUAAGGGCACAUUUAUAAAGGGUUAAUAUGUUUUUGAAUAACUUAUGCACUUUUAUCUUGAGUCAUUACAAGUGGUAAGUAUUUUCCAUUUGUAUACUAAAGCUCGUAGAAGUAUUCAGUGUGAUUAUUUCCUGCAUUUUGGCCUAAAACUGAUGUUUAGUUCUCCUUUGCUUCUCUCUCUCUGUGAAGUUGGAAGGUGAGAUGGCAAGGAAAGCAAUCACAACUUAUCUGAUAAAGCAGAGACCACUCAAAAGAAAUUGAUUUUGUCGGAAAGCCAUUUUUUGAGGAAAAUAAAAGUCAGCUACGCUAUUUACUCCCUACUAAAACACCAUUCACAGCCACACGAAUAGUUGUUCCUAUGAUAACAUCUUACUGCUGAUAAGUAAAUCCCUAAUGUAUGGUCCCUAAAACUACUUGUCCAAUGCCCAGUAGUUUUACCAAUAUGUUAAAUAGUAUUCUUGGUGAUUCAAGAGUUUAUGGUAGAAGAUGUUCUCCAUCUCGAGUUCAGUCCUGAACUGGAUAACUGCGACAGCAAUGGCUGAGGCCAUUUGGAGCAAAUUGGAUUAGUAAUAGACUAGAAGGUCUCUGUCUAGAACUGUGGUUCAAAGCCAGCUGCAACAAUUAGUGACUAAGGCUUGGUGUUGUGUGUGGUAUGACUGUCAUAGACACCCAUCUAACAGGCAGGAUUUUGGCAUAGGACUGCAUGCUCAGUCUGGUGUAGCACACAGUUCAUCUUCUGAGAAACGUGUUUAGUAUACACAGAUGUUUAUAGGAUGUGUUUCUUGAUCAGAAGGCGGCACGGCAAGAAAGCCAGUGGACUACAAAGACAAUGGAACUGAGCUACUCCUAUCAUUACUAAAGGCGACCCACUUGUUGGGAAGCAGUUCUGUGCUACUCCUGACUGUGCUGUGCUAUUUCAGGAGGGAAUUCAUUAGGUGCCUUCUCAAUUCAUGUUUUAGAAAGGGAAGGGAGAGUUUACUGCCUUCUAAAACUCAUGGCCCAAUUUAAAGCAGCUUUAGAAAGAAAUUUGCUGGGAAUAAUGAAGCAAAUAAUGAAUUCAAGAAGCAUAAAUAGUUAGAGUCAUGAUACUAAAAAAGUGUCUGAUUCCAGAAAAGAUUAAAUAAAAUAACUCACCGUUAGUUGUGGUUGCAAGUUCAUUGACGCUGCAGGUUCUUUGCAUGCCCUUUUGUGCCAUCGAGGAAGGAGCAACCACUGGAGAUCAGCAGCACAACCAGCAUUGAAGCCAAGAGCUCCUGAAAUAUGAAAGAGUCUUAUCAGCCUUGCUGCCAACAGACCAUCUUUAUUCCCCCAACUCUGAUGUACUAAAAAAUUUUCAAGCAGCUCCCCCCCAGCCCCUUUAUCUUCAGGUUACUUAAUAAUUUCAUCCUAAUUAUACUCAAAAUUCCAUGCCCAGCAAACAUUCCAGAUGAGAUGUGAUAGAACACAGGCAGAAAGGCAGCACCUCGCUACCUUGGUUCCUCAUGUUUUUUAACAAACACAUUCCUUUCACAUCUCAGUUACUUUCAUUAGCCCCAUUCAGUCCCACAGCUGGAAGAGCUGUGAGCCCAAAUGAAAAAGAAAACCUCGCCGGGAAGUUACCUCCAGUGCUUUAUGGGAUGAGAACCAAGUGUGGCUGCCUGAGCGGAUGCAAACAACGUGACACGUUGGGGUUUGACUUGAGCCAAAAGAAUAAAAGAAGUCAACGUAGGAAUGAUUUAGAAUACAGAUUUUGCUCACGCAUGUAAAAUCCCCAUAUUGAAACGAACGUAGAAGUUACUGGUAGCUUUACAAAGAGAAAAGGUGUGUAAAUAAAUACAAUCAAAAACAUGAAUGGAAGACAUUGGCAAUGGCAGAACACCCAGCAAAAGGAAAAUGUAAAAAAAAUAUAUAUAUAUAUAAGGAUUUUUUUCCGAUGUAAUAAGCAAACCUGUCCUCUUUUAGUUAUCACUGUUUAAUAUUCCCUAAUGACUUUCCUUUUUGCCACUAGGAAGAUGAAAGUGUUGCAAUAGGUAAUUACAAAUCCUAUCAUAACUUUGAAAGAGUACAUUUUAUUUCAUUAUUUAUCUUGGUAUAGCAUCUUACUCUCCCUAUUUCUUUGCACACUUCCAAUAUGCAUGGUUGUUUUUUUUUUUUUUAAAGACCGUUUUCUCCCUUCUGUAAAUUAAGGCCUCAUUUCUCCCUACUGUACAGUUCUGGGGUUGGCUGGUUGGUUUUUCCUUUUGAUUUGGGUUUUUUGCUUUGUCAGUUACAUUCAGUAUGAAGUUGCUAUGCACAGAGCUUUUGUAAAGAUAGCUUUUUUUGUUUGUUUGUUUACUGUUUUUAAUGGUCCUACUUAUGGAAGAAUAUCUUGUUUGUAAAAUGAAUACGUCUACUUCCGUUUUAAACUUUAAAUUAUCCUAAUAACAAAAAAAAAAAAAAGUAAUAAAAUAAAAUUUUUGUACUGUAAA